AUGGCCCAGCCGUCGUUCGGGGGGGGCGGGGCUCCCGGGGGCAAGCCGCCGGACCUGAUGGGCCUGGAGGAGAAGGCGCGCAGGUGGCAGCAGCUGAACGCGCAGCGGUACGGUGAGAAGCGCAAGUUCGGCUUCGUGGAGGCGCAGAAGGAGGACAUGCCGCCCGAGCAUGUGCGCAAGAUAAUCAAGGACCACGGGGACAUGUCCUCCCGCAAGUUUCGGCACGACAAGCGCGUGUACCUGGGUGCCCUGAAGUUUGUGCCCCAUGCUGUGUACAAGCUGCUGGAGAACAUGCCGAUGCCGUGGGAGCAGGUCCGCCACGUGAAGGUCAUCUACCACAUAACGGGCGCGAUCACCUUCGUGAACGAGAUUCCUCUGGUAAUCCAGCCGGUGUACAUUGCCCAGUGGGGGACGAUGUGGAUCAUGAUGAGGCGCGAGAAGCGGGAUCGGCGGCACUUUAAGCGCAUGCGGUUUCCCCCCUUCGAUGAUGAGGAGCCGCCAUUGGACUACGCGGACAAUUUGUUGGACGUGGAUCCCCUGGAUGCGAUUGAGCUGGAGCUUGACAAGGACGACGAUGCCGCUGUGUACGACUGGCUGUAUGAGUCCAAGCCGCUGCAGUACACCAGGUUCACCAACGGGCCCUCCUACCGCAACUGGAAGCUCCCCCUGCCCAUCAUGGCGACGCUGUAUCGCCUGGCGGGGCAGCUGCUGAGCGACUUGCACGAUCGCAACUAUUUCUACCUGUUUGAGGUGAACAGCUUCAUAACGGCCAAGUCGUUGAACAUGUGCAUACCCGGAGGCCCCAAGUUCGAGCCCCUGUACCGAGACAUGGACACCAGGGACGAGGACUGGAACGAGUUCAAUGACAUCAACAAGCUGAUCAUACGAUCGCCCAUCAGGACAGAGUACAAGGUUGCCUUUCCUUACCUUUACAACAACAGGCCCAGGAAGGUGCGGCUCAGUCCCUACCACUACCCCAUGGUGAUGUAUAUCAAGACGGAGGACCCAGACCUUCCUGCCUUCUACUACGACCCCCUCAUACACCCGAUCGCCUUCUACAAGGUUGACAGGCUCGGGGCCGGCUUGGCGGAAGGCAAGGAUGGUGAAGAGGAGGUGGAUGACUGGGUGCUUCCAGAUGGUCUGCAGCCUUUUUUGGCUGCAACGCCCUUGUAUACGGACAACACUGCAGCCGGCGUUGCCCUCUUGUGGGCGCCUCGGCCCUUCAACCUGCGAUCUGCUGGCACCAGGCGAGCCAUCGACAUUCCUCUGGUGAACGAAUGGUUUCAGGAGCACUGUCCGCCAAAUUAUCCUGUCAAGGUGCGGGUGAGCUACCAGAAGCUGUUGAAGAACUACGUGCUGAACAGACUGCAUCAUCGGCCGCCAAAGAAUGUGAAGAAGAAGUACUUGCUGCGUGCGCUGAAAGCAACGAAGUUCUUUCAGAGCACUGAGCUGGACUGGGUGGAGGCCGGGCUGCAAGUGUGCCAGCAGGGGUACAACAUGUUGAAUCUCCUCAUUCAUCGGAAGAACCUUAACUACCUCCACUUGGACUACAACUUCAACUUGAAGCCAGUGAAGACUCUGACGACCAAGGAGCGCAAGAAGUCCCGGUUUGGGAAUGCGUUCCACCUGUGUCGAGAGAUCCUUCGCCUGACUAAGCUGGUAGUGGAUGCCAAUGUGCAGUUCAGGCUGGGGAAUGUGGACGCAUUCCAGCUGGCCGAUGGCCUGCAGUACACCUUCUCCCAUGUGGGUCAGCUGACAGGGAUGUACCGGUACAAGUACCGGCUCAUGCGCCAGAUCCGCAUGUGCAAGGACCUGAAGCAUCUCAUCUACUAUCGGUUCAACACAGGGCCUGUUGGGAAAGGCCCAGGUGUAGGGUUCUGGGCACCAAUGUGGCGUGUGUGGCUCUUCUUCCUGAGAGGAAUCGUUCCUUUGCUUGAGCGGUGGCUGGGCAACCUGCUGGCCAGGCAGUUUGAGGGUCGGCAGUCCAAGGGCAUCGCCAGGACAGUGACCAAGCAGCGCAUUGAGUCCCACUACGAUCUCGAGCUCAGGGCGGCUGUCAUGCAUGACAUCCUUGACAUGAUGCCGGAGGGAGUGAAGCAGAACAAGGCCCGCACCAUCCUGCAGCACUUGAGUGAGGCAUGGCGCUGCUGGAAGGCCAACAUUCCGUGGAAGGUGCCAGGCCUGCCAGCGCCUGUGGAAAACAUGAUUCUGCGUUAUGUGAAGCAGAAGGCUGAUUGGUGGACGAAUGUUGCUCACUACAAUCGCGAGCGCAUUCGGCGGGGAGCAACCGUGGACAAGACAGUUUGCCGCAAGAACCUUGGCCGCCUGACGAGGCUGUACCUCAAGGCAGAGCAAGAACGGCAACACAACUAUUUGAAGGACGGGCCAUAUGUCAGUCCAGAGGAGGCUGUUGGCAUCUACACAACAACAGUGCAUUGGCUUGAAUCAAGGAAGUUCUCGCCGAUCCCCUUUCCCCCGAUCAACUACAAACAUGACACAAAGCUCCUGAUCUUGGCAUUGGAGCGGCUUAAGGAGCAGUACACUGUUGCAGUGCGGCUGAAUCAGCAGCAGAGGGAGGAGCUGGGGCUUGUGGAACAGGCUUACGACAACCCACACGAGGCCCUGAACAGGAUCAAGCGGCACCUGAUGUCUCUCCGCCAGUUUAAGGAGAUCUCCAUUGAAUUCAUGGACUUGUACAGCCAUCUGAUUCCAGUGUACGAGGUGGAGCCUCUGGAGAAGAUCACUGACGCCUAUCUAGACCAGUACUUGUGGUUUGAGGCGGACAAGCGCCACCUCUUUCCGAACUGGGUCAAGCCCUCAGAUUCUGAGCCACCGCCUCAGCUUGUCUACAAGUGGUGCCAUGGGAUCAACAACUUGGCAGAUGUGUGGGAGUGUGGCAAUGGGGAAUGUGUUGUGAUGCUGCAGUCACAGUUUGAAAAGCUAUGGGAGAAAGUGGACAUCAUCAUGCUCAACAGGCUGCUGCGCCUCAUUGUGGAUGCAAACAUCGCAGACUACAUGACAGGGAAGAACAAUGUGGUGAUCACGUACAAGGACAUGAAUCACAGCAAUGUGUAUGGAUUGCUUCGUGGCCUUCAGUUUGCAUCCUUCAUCACGCAAUACUAUGUUCUCAUACUGAGUCUGCUGCUGCUUGGACUCACCCGGGCAUCUGAGGUUGCUGGCCCUCCUCAAUUGCCCAACGAAUUUCUGGCGUUCAGGGAUGUGGCGACUGAGACACGGCAUCCCAUCCGGUUGUUCAGCACAUAUAUAAACAGGAUUCACAUUCUGUUCAGAUUCACUGCUGAGGAUGCACGUGAGCUCAUUCAGCGGUACUUGACAGAGCACCCUGACCCAAACAAUGAGAACAUAGUAGGGUACAACAACAAGAAGUGCUGGCCACGGGAUGCGCGCAUGCGCCUGAUGAAGCAUGAUGUCAACCUUGGCAGGGCUGUCUUUUGGGACAUGAAGAACCGGCUGCCGCGCUCUCUCACAACAUUGGAAUGGGACAACAGCUUUGUCAGCGUGUACAGUCGUGACAACCCCAACCUCCUGUUCUCAAUGUGUGGUUUUGAGGGCAGAAUUCUGCCAAAGUGCAGGAUGGCUGCAGAGGGUUUCGCUAGCAAAGAUGGUGUGUGGAGCCUGCAGAAUCAGCGCACAAAGGAGAGGACAGCACAGGCCUUCCUGCGUGUGGACGAUGAGGCGAUGAAGGCAUUUGAGAACCGGGUGCGCCAGAUCCUUAUGUCAUCGGGCUCCACCACGUUCACCAAGAUCGCGAACAAGUGGAAUACUGUGCUGAUUGGUCUCAUGACGUACUUCCGUGAGGCGACGAUACACACACAGGAACUGCUGGAUCUGCUGGUGAAGUGUGAAAACAAGAUUCAGACAAGAAUCAAAAUUGGUCUGAACUCAAAGAUGCCUUCGCGCUUCCCUCCAGUCGUCUUCUACUCACCAAAGGAGAUAGGAGGCUUGGGCAUGUUGUCAAUGGGACACAUCCUCAUACCACAGUCGGAUCUCCGCUACAGUCAGCAGACGGACCUUGGGGUGACGCACUUCAGGGCGGGCAUGUCGCAUGAGGAGGAUCAGCUCAUACCAAAUCUGUACCGCUACAUUCAGCCGUGGGAGUCCGAGUUUGUGGACUCUGAGCGGGUUUGGUCAGAGUAUGCUCUGAAAAAAGAAGAAGCCAAGACGCAGAACCGGCGGCUCACUCUGGAGGAUCUGGAGGACUCGUGGGACCGUGGCAUACCACGCAUCAACACGCUGUUCCAGAAGGACAGGCACACCCUGGCAUACGAUCGUGGGUGGAGGAUCCGGCAGGAGUUUAAGCAAUACCAGCUGCUGAAGCAGAAUCCUUUCUGGUGGACUCACCAACGACAUGAUGGCAAACUGUGGAACCUGAACAACUACCGGACGGACGUCAUUCAGGCUUUGGGAGGCGUGGAGGGCAUAUUGGAGCACACACUGUUCAAGGGGACAUAUUUCCCGACUUGGGAGGGUCUGUUCUGGGAGAAGGCAUCUGGCUUUGAGGAGAGCAUGAAGUACAAAAAGCUGACAAACGCCCAGCGGACUGGUCUUAACCAAAUCCCCAACCGGCGGUUUACGCUCUGGUGGUCACCAACGAUAAACCGUGCCAACGUGUAUGUAGGCUUUCAGGUGCAGCUUGACCUCACGGGCAUUUUCAUGCAUGGCAAGAUACCCACUCUGAAGAUCUCGUUGAUUCAGAUCUUCCGGGCACAUCUUUGGCAGAAAAUUCAUGAGAGUGUGGUGAUGGACCUUUGCCAAGUGUUUGAUCAGGAGCUGGAUGCCCUGGAAAUAGAGACUGUCCAGAAAGAGACGAUCCAUCCUCGGAAGUCGUACAAGAUGAACUCGUCAUGCGCAGACAUACUGCUGUUUGCCGUCUUCAAAUGGGCAAUGUCGAAACCAUCCUUGAUGGCCGACACCAAUGAUGUGUUUGACCAGAAGGCUGGCACCAAGUACUGGAUCGACGUGCAGCUGCGGUGGGGAGACUACGACUCCCACGAUAUUGAACGGUACAUCCGAGCCAAGUUUCUGGACUACACGACCGAUAACAUGUCGAUCUACCCUUCUCCAACAGGUGUCAUGAUUGGCAUCGACUUGGCGUACAAUUUGUACUCCUCCUAUGGCAAUUGGUUCCCAGGAGUGAAGCCGCUCAUCAUUCAAGCCAUGGCGAAGAUCAUCAAGGUCAACCCAUCAUUGUAUGUGCUGCGGGAGCGCAUCCGAAAGGGUCUCCAGCUGUACUCGUCCGAGCCAACAGAGCCCUACCUGUCGUCACAGAACUAUGGGGAGCUGUUCUCAAACCAGACGAUCUGGUUUGUUGACGACACGAACGUGUACCGCGUGACGAUCCACAAGACGUUUGAGGGCAACCUGACAACGAAGCCCAUCAAUGGCGCGAUCUUCAUCUUCAACCCCAGGACUGGACAGCUUUUCCUCAAGAUCAUUCACACAGGCGUCUGGGCGGGACAGAAGCGCCUUGGGCAGCUUGCAAAAUGGAAGACAGCUGAGGAGGUUGCCGCACUGGUGCGCUCCUUGCCGGUGGAGGAACAGCCGAAGCGGAUCAUUGUGACACGGAAGGGCAUGUUGGACCCUCUGGAGGUACACUUGUUGGACUUCCCCAACAUCGUGAUCACUGGCUCUGAGCUGCAGCUUCCCUUCCAGGCUGCGGUGAAGCUUGAGAAGUUUGGAGACCUCAUCCUCAAGGCCACGGAGCCACAGAUGGUGCUGUUCAACAUCUACGAUGACUGGCUGAAGACCAUAUCUUCCUACACUGCGUUUUCGAGGCUCAUCCUCAUUCUGCGGGCGCUGCAUGUCAACCCAGACAAAGCUCGGAUGGUUUUGAAGCCUGACAGGACUGUCGUGACGGAGAAGCACCACAUCUGGCCAACACUGACGGACGAACAGUGGAUGAAGGUCGAAAUUGCUUUGAAGGACCUUGUGUUGGCAGACUAUGCCAAGAAGAACAAUGUUAAUGUUGGGGCUCUUACCCAGAGUGAGAUACGUGACAUCAUUCUUGGCGCAGAGAUAACCCCACCAAGUCAACAGCGGCAGCAGAUUGCGGAGAUUGAGAAGCAGGCGCGGGAGGGAGGGCAGAUGACGGCUGUCACCACACGCAGCACCAAUAUUCAAGGGGAUGAGCUCAUUGUUACCACGACCAGCCCUUAUGAGCAGGCGGCAUUUGCAUCGAAGACGGACUGGCGUGUGCGCGCAAUUAGCGCAAGCAAUCUGCACCUGCGGGUGAAUCACAUCUAUGUGAACUCUGAUGACAUUCGAGAGACUGGCUACACAUAUGUGAUGCCUAAGAACGUGCUGAAGAAGUUCAUCUGCAUUGCGGACCUGCGUACACAGAUCGCUGGGUUUCUGUAUGGCUACAGUCCUCCUGACAACCCACAGGUGAAGGAGAUUCGCUGCGUGAUGAUGCCUCCACAGUGGGGCAACCAUCAGACAGUCAACCUGCCAUACAAUGUUCCAGAUCAUGAUUACCUCAAGGACAUGGAACCUCUGGGCUGGAUCCACACGCAGCCCAAUGAGACGCCUCAAAUGGCACCCCAGGAUGUCACCCAGCAUGCCAAGUUCUUGGAGACGUUCAAAGAAUGGGACGGGGAGCGGUGCAUUCUCAUUACCUGCAGCUUCACGCCAGGAUCCUGCUCGCUGACGUCGUACAAGCUCACACCUGGUGGGUAUGAGUGGGGCCGCCAGAACAAGGAUGCCAGCACCAACCCUCAGGGAUACCUGCCAACUCAUUAUGAGCGAGUGCAGAUGUUGCUGAGCGACCGCUUCAUGGGGUUCUACAUGGUUCCGAAGGUCACAAGCUGGAACUACAAUUUCAUGGGGGUGAAGCACACACCCAACAUGAAGUAUGCGCUGCAGUUGGCAAAUCCAAAGGAGUUUUACAGCGAGGCACACCGCCCUACCCACUUCCUGGAGUUCAGCAGCCUGCAAGAUGUGGAAGCUGAGGCAGAUCGUGAAGAUCACUUCACGUAG